GCGACUCCUUAGCAUUCACUGCAUACAAAGAUGAGCAACUCGAAAUAUAGGAAACGAAGAAAAAGAAGCGCCGGCAGCAGCAAAACCAGCAAAGUACCUCAAGCCCCUCUACUUUUCUCCAACUUCGGCAAGAAACCACUAGACUUGGUAGCAGAAGGCUACAGUAAGGAUCACAAAUUUAGCAUCUCCACAUGUAGUACUACAGGAGCGAAACUUACUUCACGUGCUGUCAAACGCGGGCGGCUCUCAACUGCAAGUGUUGCAGCACAAUACAAAUACAAGGAUGCUACCAUUAAUGUCAUAGUUGAUUCAAAAUCACCAAUUUCAACAACUCUAACAUUAAGCAGAAAGUUCCUUCCAUCCCUGAAUACUUCUGCUUCACUGAAAUUGCCAAAAUACGAUUCCAGCACGCUACAAGCUCAAUACUUCCACAAGUAUGCUGCUUUAGCCACGUCUUUUUCUUUGCACCACACCCCUAAAAUUCAGCUUUCUGCAUCUGUGGGUACUUCAAGCCUUGCAUUUGGUAUACAGACAAAGUAUGAGAUUGCUUCUAGGCAAUUUCGUGAGAUUGAUGCAGGCUUUAGCAUGACCAAACCGAAUUAUGAUGCUUCAAUUACUAUGGGAAACAAGGGUGACUUCCUAAGGGCAUCAUAUAUCCAUUACUUCGAUCACAAGAAAAAGGUUGCAGCUGCGGCAGUGAUCUCUCAUAGGUUUUCGAAAAAGGAGAAUGCUUUGACAGUCGGAGGAUCAUGGAUUAUGGACAAUAUAACUACAGUUAAGGCAAGGGUUGAUGAUCGUGGAAAGAUUAUGAUGCUUCUGCAAUAUGGAAUCAUAUCAAAGUCAUGCUUAACAAUUGCUAGUGAAUUUGACACCAAAUCCCUUAACAAGAUUCCUGGAAUUGGAUUAGCCUUUUCUCUUGUGCUCUGAAUGGUUCCCAAAAUUGAUACAACUAUGAUCCAUCGUUACCAUCUCUUGGUUCUCUGUAAGAAUGAACUAAAGAUAUACUGUUGUUAUCACUUAAUUACCCCAUUCAGAACAUACUUAAUUGCUGAUUAGUUCCAACGAUCAUGUAUCCACAUACAGAAUCACUUCAGCUGUCAGUCUGAACUAUGAAGUAUAUUUUUUUUGUGUC